AUGCCCUUUUAUCCGAAUGCCCACUCGCGGUGGGUACCGUAUACCACCGAUGCAAUCGCCGAAGUCUCCUAUGAUCCUUUAUCCGACACUCACAUUCCCUUCCGAGCAUCCUUAAACCACUUCCACCAGAACUGGGCGCAUAUUCAUUCCUCAAGGCCACAGCUCUUCCUGAGGCCCCAGUCGAUUGAAGAACUACGCCUUAUCGUUAUACUAGCCGGACGAUGCCAGAAGCGUAUUACGGUAAUCGGCUCAGGACAUACACCGAAUGCCCUGACGUGUACACCUGGUUGGAUGAUAUCAUUGGAUGACUUUCAAGAGGUUCUGAAGGUUAAUGAGGAUACGCGAGAGAUUACUGUGCAGUCUGGAAUACGGCUUUAUCAGCUACAUAGGGUCCUUGAUGGUCUUGGACUAGCCAUGCCAAAUCUGGGUACAAUCUCUGAACAGAGUAUAUCCGGCGCAAUUAGUACAGCUACUCAUGGAAGCUCUCUUCACCAUGGAUUAAUCUCCGACGAUAUAACGAGCCUUACGAUACUUCUCUCGAACGGAGAUCUCAUAAGUUGUUUCCGUGAUGGAACAACAGACCCUAAACUCUUCGAUGAAAAUGACGGCCUGUCCCUCUUCCGUGCUGCGUUGGUAUCGCUUGGAGCCUUGGGAAUUAUAACAUCCAUAACCUUUCAAGCUCGCAAGGCGUUCAAUCUGGCUUGGACCCAAACUCUCCACCCACAUAUCGACGUAAUAACCCACUGGAACUCUCAGAUAUUCGGUGCGGCAGAAUAUGAGCGUGUUUGGUGGUAUCCCUACACUGGGAAAGCUCUGCAUUGGAGCGCCUCUCCUACAACCCUAUCUCCGACCCCUCCACCGCCAUCGUGGUUUGGUACCACAAUAGGAUAUCAUAUAAAUCAAAUAAUGCUGUUAACAACAGUAUAUUUCCCUUCACUUACACCACUUGCUGAAAAAGCCAUGUUCUACAUGCAAUAUGGUUAUCACAUUCACUCUUCGGCGAAAGGGACUGUUACUGGUGUUUCAACAUCCGUGGAUGCCAUGUCUAUGAACUGUCUUUAUCGCCAAUAUGUAAACGAAUGGAGCAUUCCACUAUCAUCAGGUCCUGAGUUCCUCCACCGUUUACAGUCUUGGCUAUUGGGGAAACGUUAUGAUGUUCACAAAAUUCCAUUCGAUAACACCGUUUCUUCGACACGUGUGUAUGCUCACUCACCGAUCGAAGUGCGACCCUCAUAUCCUGCUCCGGACCAUCGAGACGAAGACUUUAGACCAUACCUGGAUACCCACCAAAAGGGAGAACCGAGCUUAUAUAUUAAUGCUACGUUGUUUAAACCUUAUGGAAGGGAUAUCCCCGGUCGAGAAAAGUUUUAUGAGGUGUUCGAAUGGUUGAUGAAAGAGUAUGGUGGGAAACCACAUUGGGCGAAGAAUUGGAGUACACUAGGAAAACGCGAGUUCAGGAGUAUGUAUGGAGAGAAUCUCGAGAAGUGGGUGGAUAUUAGGAAACGAGUUGAUGGAAACGGGGUGUUCUUGAAUGAUUUUGUCAAGUUGUAUCUAGAGGAUGAGAAUGGAAAUGGGGAGCUUGAGGAAGUAGAGGGAAUGUUUGGGGAGAAAGAUGAAGAGAAGGUGAUCGAGAAGGAAGCGAAGUGGAAAGGUAAACAAGCGGUUAGACGGUUGAGCGAUGAGAGUGAUGUGACUAUGACAGCGAGCAGUGGGAGUUUGAGGAAUAGCCUUUUGGCGGGGAGUUAUGAUCAUUUGAGGGCCAGUGAGACGGAAAUGUCGUUCAUGGAAGUUGAGGGGCCGCCACCUUUUGCGGACUUGUAA